AUGGAGGCCGUGGGCGCACCGUGCCUGCUGUUGUUGCUGGCGUCCGUGUGCAGCGGCGGCCUGGUGGUGGUGAACUCGGGCGUGGAGGUCGCCCGGGGUCGCUCGGCGUUCGUCACCGACAAGCAGCUGCAGAUCAGCGUGGACGCCGCCGCCGACUGCAAGGUGGAGGUGGUGCUGAAUGAACCCGUAACUCAGAGAGUGGGCAAACUCUCCCCUCAGGUGUUCGACUGCCACUUCCUGCAGGACGAGGUGAGGUACGUCCACAACGGCAGCCCGCUGCUGGACCGGGACGCUGUCAUGCUGAGAGUCUACAGGUUCACGGACUCGGACACGCUGGUGCAGACGGUGCUGCUGUCCGUCCGGGUGGUGGACUCUCCGUCCGGCCUGCUGCAGCUCGGCAGCUCGCCGCUCGUCGUCCCUCACUUCUACGGCCUGUCCAACACCGUGGACCGCUCCGUGCUGAGCGUCCAAACCCGGCCCGACCUCGCCUGCACCGUCAGGCUGAUGGACUCCGACACCGGCGCCCCCGCCCUGGGUCAGCUGGUGACCGAGGAAGACUCCGCACAGAGGAAGGGCAGAGAGACGGCGGUGCUCUGUCCGGGGAACAAACCCUGUCCUCAUGCCACCAAGGAGGUUCGCUUCCUGAAAAUGAGCUGCCAGGAGUUCCUGAGCUCCGGUCUGAAGUACCAGCACCUCAGCCCUCCAUCGCCCGAGAUCGACUACAUCCCCAUCAGGGUGGAGCUGAGGGAGCAGGCCAGCCGGGCCCUGCUGGAGAGCGAGGCGCUGUGGCUGCCGGUUCUGAUCCACGGCGCCAUGCAGAACCAGCCGCCGCAGGCCGCCUUCAUGGCCUCCUUCAUCCUGGAGGUGGACCAGUUCAUCCUCACGCCGCUCACCACCGCCGCUCUGGACGCCACCGACCACGAGACGCCGCAGGAGAGGCUGGUGUUCAACGUGACCGUCCCGCCCGCCGAGGGCUACAUCACCCACCUGGACGACCACACCAAGCCCAGCGGCUCCUUCACCUGGCUGGACCUCCACGAGAUGAAAGUGGCCUAUCAGCCGCCCAACAGCAGCCUCGCCCACCGCAGGAACUACGAGGUGGAGUUCCAAGCGAUAGACAGCUCCUUUAUGAGCAGCCCGCCCUUCUUGGUCCACAUCUCCAUCCGGGCAUCCGAAACAAACGCACCCAGAGUGUCCUGGAACAUGGGCCUGGACCUGCUGGAGGGUCAGUCCCGACCAAUCACGUGGGAGGAGCUACAGAUCGUCGACAACGACAACAUCAAUGCCGUGUUCCUGGUGGCGGUGGACGGGCCGCUGCAUGGCCGCCUCACGGUCAGAGGCGGCAGGGCCUUCAUGUUCCGUGUGGCCGACCUGAAGGCGGGGGCGGUGGUGUACCAUCACUCCGACAGCGACACCACGCGCGACCACAUCGUCUUCCGCAUCAGCGACGGGCGCCACACUACCCGCCACAAGUUCCCCAUCAACAUCCUGCCCAAGGACGACUCGCCGCCCUUCCUCAUCAACAACGUGGCGGUGGAGGUGCAGGAGGGCGGGGCCGUGCGGCUCGAGGAGUUCAUGCUGCUGGCCGCCGACCUCGACUCCAGCGACGACUACAUCCUGUACCGGAUAGACUCCGCCCCCCGGGCGGGGCAGCUGGUGAGGAGGAGCAACGCCCAGCAGGCAGGCGUGGCCGUGGACAGCUUCCUGCAGAGAGACCUGAUCCAGGGUCAGAUCUACUACCAGCACUCCGGGGAGGAAAUGUUUGAGGACGCCUUCGACUUCACGCUGUCCGACAGCCAGCAGCCGCCCAACCUCUCCCACCGCCAUACCGUGGUGGUCCACGUGUUCCCGGUGAAGGACCAGCUGCCGGUGGAGGCUCGCGGCACCGUUCGCUCUCUGACGGUGAGGGAGACGGAGGUGGUUCACCUGACGCAGGCUCACCUGCACUUCACCGACCGAGAGCAGCCGGACGCCGACCUGGCCUACGUCAUCACCCGGCCCUGCUUCAGCCCAGUGCACCCUGGGCUGAUGGACGCAGGCCGCCUGUUCUACACGGACACAAGCAGCUCCAUGAAGAAGGACCCCAUGGUGCCGGUGCUCAAGUCCUUCACACAGCAUGCAGUGAACCACCUGAAGGUGGCCUUCAUGCCGCCCGUGGAGGACAUCGGCCCUGAGCCGCUGCUCGUCCAGUUUGUUUUCUCCGUCAGUGACCAGCACGGUGGCAGCGUGAGCGGCCUGCUCUUCAACAUCACCGUCACCCCCGUGGACAACCAGGCGCCAGAGGUGUUCACCAACCUGCUGCGGGUGGAGGAGGGCGGGGGGGGCUUCGUGACGGAGGAGCACCUCCUGGUGCGGGACGGGGACAGCCGGGAGGAGGCGCUGAGGGCGGAGCUGCGGCGGGCGGCGCUGCACGGCCGGCUGGAGCUGCAGGGCAGGACGCUGCAGCGGGGAGACGCCUUCAGCCUGCAGGACCUCCAAGCACGACGCCUCAGGUACAUCCACGACGACUCCGAGACGGUGGAGGACAGCGUCGCUCUGACGGUGACGGACGGACAGAACUCCGCUGACGUCGACCUGCAGAUCCAGGUCCUGCCGAUGAACGACGAGCCGCCGCAGCUGGGCCGCGGCCUGCGGGCGGGGCUGAGCUGUGUGGAGGGGGGGCGGGUCCAGGUGACGGUGGACUACCUGUCGGCCACGGACCGGGACAGCGACGACUCGCGGCUCACCUACAUGCUGGCCAGGAGCCCGGGCAGGGGCGAGCUGCAGAGGGCGGGGCUCGCCGUCGACAAGUUCUCCCAGCAGGACCUCCUGCAGGGCAGCGUCUACUACGCCCACACCGGAGGAGAGAUCGGACCGGAGCCGGUGUCCGACAUCGUCACCCUCAUCAUCUCUGACGGGGAGGCCGGCGGGACCGACAGCUGUUGCCAUGGAGACGCUCCUCCGCCGCCCGUCCCGCUCCACGGCACACUUCCUGUCUACGACCUCAACGUCACCGUGCUUCCUGUCAACAACAGAGCGCCCGUCAUCGCCGUCGGGGGCGCCAUGCUGGUGGUGGACGAGGGCUCGUCGGUGUGUGUGUGCGGGGGGGCGCUGGGGGCCUCGGACCCCGACAGCCCCCCCGACCAGCUGACCUUCCACCUGGAGACGCCGCCGCUGCACGGCUUCCUGGAGAACACGCUGCCGACGCCGGGCUUCGAGAAGAGCAACGCCGGAGUGCGAGUCGAAUCCUUCAGCCUCGUCCACCUCACCUCAGGCUACAUCAACUACGUCCAAUCAGAGCACAGAGGGGCGGAGCCUACCGUCGACCAGCUGUCCGUCAGCGUGAGCGACGGGCUGCAUCGCUCCGCCCCCGUUCCCUUCUACAUCAUCAUCAACCCCACCAACGACGAGCCGCCGUCGCUGCUGCUCGCCAACUUCACCGUGAAGGAAGGCGGGAUGAGGGAGCUGACUCCGGCCUUGCUGGACGGUUUCGACCUGGACGUGCCGGCGGACCUCCUGACCUUCACGGUGGUGCGGCCGCCGGCUCACGGCAGCUUGCUCAACGGCAUCUACGGCACCGAGAUGAGCCGCUACAAGGAGAUGGGAGCCGAGCUGCUGCAGCGGAGCCUCCCCGUCCAAACCUUCACCCUGCAGGAGCUCCGCCAAGGCAUGAAGAUCACGUACAUGCACGAUGACACGGAAACCCUGAAGGACGUCUUGACGCUGCAGCUGACAGAUGGUGUUCACACAGUCCAGGGGACGGCGCAGGUCGCCGUGCUACCAGCCAACGACGAGAAGCCACGGCUGCUCAAGAACGGCGGGCUGCAGGUGGAGUCGCUGCAGAGCCGCGUCGUCUCCAGCGUCGCUCUGCAGGCCCACGACCUCGACACGCCGCCCGCAAGCCUCUACUACGUCCUGAACGCCACGCCGCGCUUCGGCACGCUGCAGCUCAAGACCGAGUCGGGCUGGACCGAGCUGGCAGCCGCUCACAACUUCACGCAGGAGGACGUGGACAUGAACCGCCUGUGGUACACACACACCGCCGCCGCCGCCGCCGCCGGGUUCAAAGGUCACGACAGCUUCCGCUUCCACCUCAGCGACCUGGACAACGAGACGCCGGCACACAGCUUCUUCAUCUCCGUCCACACCGUCCAGAAAGGUGAGCUGGUGCUGCAGACCCGGGCGGUGCGGCUGGCGGAGGGGCGGCGCUUCGUCCUCAACACGGACGUCCUGCUGGCGGCGGACUCGGCCGGGCGUCCGGACGAGCUCAUCUUCACCGUGUCCGUCCCGCCGCGGCACGGGCUGGUGCACGGCGUGCAGCGCCCCGGCGUGCCCCUGCUCACCUUCAGCCAGCUGGACGUGGCGGCCCACCGGGUGUGUUACACCCACGACAACAGCCACGCCUCCGAGAGGGACUCGUUCAGUUUUGUCGUCACCAACGGCGACUCGUCCCGCAGCGGCACCCUGCACUUCACCAUCGAGCACGGCGACCGCGUCCCCCCCACCCUGAGCCGCAACGCUGGCCUGCGGCUGCAGGACGGCACCACGGCGGCCAUCACCUCCGAGCAGCUGCAGCUCACCGACCCCGACACCGCCGCCGCCAACCUGACCUACGCCAUCACGCAGCCGCCGCGCCACGGCAGACUGCUGCUGAGGGGAGCCCCGCUGCCGCCGCCGCUCAGCUUCAGCCAGACGGACGUGGACGAGCUGAGCCUGGCCUACCGGCACGACCCGGGCAGCCCGGCCGACAUCGACAGGUUCUACUUCCUGCCGACGGACGGAAACAACAGAGGAUACCUGGAGUUCGGCCAACUGAGGGAGGAGCCUGCUGUCUUUAAUAUACAGGUGGAUCGGGUGGACCGGAUGCCGCCGGGCCUGGCCACCAGGCGGACGCCCAGCACGGUGACGCAGCUGGAGGCCGGACGCUACGUCAUCUUCAUCACCUCCAAACACCUGCAGGCCUCCGACCCCGACAGCCCCACGCCGGAGCUGGAGUUCACCGUCACCCGGCCGCCGCACUUCGGCUACCUGGAGAACGCCAUGACAGGAGGCUACAUCAAGGGUCGUUUCACCCAGCGGGACGUGGACCAGCGGGCCGUCACGUACGUGGUCCCGGCGGACGUGGAGGUGACGGGCGACAGCUUCCAGUUCCGCCUCACCGACCCGGCAGGAAACACCAUGCUGCCUGAAGUGUUGGAGUUGGCGUGGUCUCGUGUUGAGCUGUCGGCGAGCUGCUACCGAGCCUGUGAGACGGCAGGAACGCUCCAGAUCCAGAUCCAACGCAGCGGGACGAGCGUCGACCCCGCCUACGUCGCCAUCCAGGUGGAGGAAGGAUCAGCCAAACCCGGCCGGGACUUCACCCACAGCACAGCCGGCCUCAUCCAGUUCGACCCAGGCGUCAACAUGAAAACCUGGAACAUUUACCUGACGGACGAUGGACUGGAGGAAAACCACGAGACCUUCACCGUGAUCCUGAGGAACCCAAAGAACGCCGUCCUGGGCCAGAGGACCUCGGCCACGGUGGAGAUCAUCGACCCCAGAGGAGGGAGGUGUGACCCAGAUGACCUGAGGGUGGAGGAUGAUGAGAAGCGACCGCCACUUCUUCCUCCUCCUCCUCCUCCUCCUCCUCCUCACGCCCCUGAGCCCCCCCAGUCGGAGGAGGACGACCCGGUAACCGACAUUGAGGCGGAGCUGCUGUGGGAGACCCAGCCUCACCCGCCGCGGGGCGACGUCCCGCACCGUCGGCCCUACCUGGAUUACGGAGAGAGGGAGGCGCAGGACGAGGCGGUGCCCGGCCGUGGCCACGCCCCCUACGGCAGGGAGCCGCCCCCGCUGGGCAGCGUGCACGGCGUCAGACUGGCAGGAGCAGGGAACAGGGUUCUUCUGCCCGGGGAGAGGAGGAUCACCGAGAGGGUCUGGACGUUCCACAGUCUGACUCCUCUGCGGCUGGAGGAGGUGGCACCGGGCCGCUCGCCUCACAGUCGCCUCCUGCAGGAGCUCCGGGUGGGAGACGCACCCCAGAUGGACACGCCGGCACCUGAAUCCCACCCGACACUCCGCCAGCGCAAGGUGAGGUCGGGCAGCAGCCUCAGCACCGUCAGCUCCAGGAAGGACCUCGCCUGGCUCUGGAAGUUUGCAGGGAGGAAGCCAUUUUGGAUCAGUGUGUCCGGGUCCAGACUGAGGGGGGCGCCGACGGGCCGAAGGGGGUCUGACGGCACCGACUGUGGCCUGGUGGAAAACCCCAGGAGCUGGAAGCCAACAAACUGCUCCGCCGAAACUCAGCACGCCUUCAUCUGCUCGGCUCCUCCUCCUCCCCCUCCCCCUCCUCACUGAGCGGCUGAUCUCAGAUCUGAGCUGAAGGCUUUUUAACGAGAUGCAGUGAAGCUGCUCGUUCAUUAGUUUCCAUGUUUUUUGUUGUAAUGAAGGUCGCUGCACAAACUGCACAAACCCUGCAAUCCUGACUCACACUGCAAAACUCAGAUUUAAAUCCAGCGUGUGUGUGCGUGUGUGUGCCGUCCAGCAUGGUGCUGAAAUCUCCUCAUUAGCUGGUCCAUUGCUCCUCUGGGCUGCUGAUCCACAGCACUGUGUUUGUGUCUCUCCAUUCACUUCCAUACAAAACAAUAGAAAAUUACUCUUUCAGCACAGAAACCAGCACCAACACACAGGAUCAUCACUACAGAAAAAACAAGUCCUGGCUCCCAUUUUUUGAGGAAAUUAAACUGUCCUAUCGCUUUUAUUUUCCUGUUGAAAUUGGAAAGUAGAUCCGGCAGCCAGCGUCUGCAGGAAACUUCCACGUAGUAACCUUACGCCGACGACCUUAUAGUGCUUUAACAAAUAAAGGUAAUGCAUGUAGUGCGUUCAGAAGAUGGAUGGAUGGAAAUGUGUGUGUAAUUCAUUUUUUUUUACACAGGAAAGUUGUUUUGUUGUUGGAAUAAAAAGGGUGAUCUAAUGAAAGGAUUUUCAUUUUUUAAUAGUAAAACUUUUUUAAAAAUCCACAUUUUAUCUUGUAUUUAAAAAGUGUAAAUGUUUUUCAUGUAUGGC